AUGUUCAAGUCUGCCUUUACUUUGGCCGUGCUGGUAGCGCUGGGUCCGCAGGUCGUCCAGGGCUCGUUCAAAUUCAAGUUCUCCCCAAUCGUUCAAUGCUCACCAGUCACCAUCUCGUUUUCGGGGACUGAUUCCAGCAAUCACUCGGUACCAACUACUCUCACUAUCCUUCCUCUGGUCAAUAAUGCCAUCCCAAUACAAAUUCCCAUCCCCCCUGGGUCGUCCAACUCGACAGGCAUAGCGCUUUCUUUCAUUCCCCUGCCAGCAGAUACCACCUUCAUCGCGACCCUCGACAAUCCAGAUGGCCCAGCUUCCAAGGUGUCCGAUGUCACAAGAGUACUACCGCCGAAUAUUACUACAGGGUCCAAUACUUGCCUUUCGUCCCUCACCGUCUCCACCCUCAACCUUUUCGAAAUACCAUCUUCCAUCGGUCAAUGCGAGAGCUUCUCUGUUGCGUUCGCAACGAGGCCCCCAAGUAUCACCGCUUUCCAGCCAAAUGGAAGAGCUACACUCCUCCCCUCGUCCGCUGCCAACGGUUUGGCUCGGUAUACCAUGACUAGUAAUCGUGGCAAUGAAGUAGCCCUACUCUUCAACGAUCCCGCAACCAACAAAUUAGUAACAACAGCUCUCAUGACUGUUUCAGGCGACUCGGGAAGCUCAAAGGACUGCUUGGCAUCUAACAGGAACAACAACGGUAAUGAUAGCAAUAAUGACGGCAAGUCUCAAAAUUCCAGUGCCGAUGGUGCAGUCACCCAAACAGGAUUGCCCAAGGGUGCUGUUAUUGGGAUAGCAAUCGGAGCCGCCCUUUUGGUGUUUGCAAUCAUGCUACUUUUAUGGUAUUUCUUGCGCGUCCGCAGGCGACGAAGACGAGCCUCUAGCUUGCUUUUUGAUCCUGCUCUCCUGAACCGACGAUGGCCAUCAUCAGAUGCCGAAAAGAGGAUGCCAACUACUCAGACUUGGUAUUCGAACGCAGACGAGAAGAGUGACGCCGAUCUCAUUGAGCAACGGGGGUCUAUCAGCAGCUCCUUCGGCGGGGGUGGUGUUAUUCGCGAUCCAAUCUACACCAACGACAAAUGGAGGAGGUCCGCGAUGACUGACGACGGAAAUGUUAGUGUCCGCACCAGCAUAUCUUCUUGGAACCAGUUUGUUCCCGAAGACCAACGAAGCCCUGGAGUGAUGGAGCCUGAGUCAGAAGCAGCUAUGCGACGUAACAGCGCAGGCUCUGACAGCAGAUUGUCUAUGAACACGGUCGACAUCCAAAACAUACUCCAAAUCGCGACUGUUCAUCGCAACUCGUCAACGGCCCCAUCUGCAUAUACGAAGCGUACACCCCAACCUUCAACAGCCGGGACCACUACCACAUUCGAUGUCGCCAAACCUGCCGCUGCUCGGCUCAUCCCAACUCGGGGAACUGGUCGGGUGAGCACCCGGCCAGACUUGCCACAAGGCAUUUCGCCAAUUUCGCGCAACAACUCUGCUGCUGUUGCUAUCAAAGGGGUGCCAGAGUCAUACCUCAAUCUGGGUCCAGGAGACGACAACUAUGGAAGCGGGAUUGCGAUUGGCACACCAAGGGCUUCCGAUGGACUCGAUGGUCAGGGAAUUGCUCGCAGUCAAGGCGGGGCUAGUCUGGGAGACGUAAUUGUACGAUAG